CGUCGUCAUCAUCAUCGUCGUUGUCGCCCUCAUCAUUGUCUUGCUCGUCGUCCACGUUCUCGUCGUCGUGGAAAUAGUCGGUGAGAAUGUGCCGCCGUUAACAACCGCGCGCUUACGGAACAUGGUCGCGCAACGGCCGUAGCGAGCGGUACCCUCCACGGCACGGCACCACGCUAGACGCCGCCGCCGGCUCUCUCCGUGCGAGAACUAACCUACACGAGGCCGCGAGGGUGCAUCCCCAGCACGUUCGGCCGUCCCGCGCUUGCCGUGCCCGGGGACAGCGGCGCGGCCUGACAGCACGAGGACAUGAAGUGGCUCGGCGCGGGCAGCGGAGGCGCCGGGGGCGAACCGGCAUCCUCCAUGCAGCUGCAUCACACCUCCGCCAACGGCCACAUACCCACGGACACAGAACAGUGUGGGCAAGUUAUGGCUGGUGGCGAUAAUAUGCGAAUCCAACCUGGUCAAACACAUCAGAUGGGAGUGAGUAGAACUCAAGACGAUGCUAUGGUUGGUUAUGUGUUUCAACGACCUACAGAGCCAGAAUUUAACACCCAAUCUUCAACUUUCCAAACAAAGCAAGCUCCGAGAGCUUGGGCAUUAGCGGAUGACGUUAUUGUCGAUAAUAAUCAAGAAAAGUGGAAAUAUUCUAUGACUAAACUUGGUGUACCUCAACAAAGUCAAUCUCAGCAACUAGGAUUAACUAUGAACAAUGUACAUUUGAGUAAUGUACCAUAUGAGAUACAUCCUAUGCAGUUAAAAAGCGGUGCACCUGGCGCAGAACAUUUGGUUUAUCUAAACAAUCAGAUGACUGCUCAACAACAGGUUCAACAACAGGUUCAACAACAGGUCGCUCUCUUUCAUCACCAACAGCAGCAGCAACAACAACAACAAUUCAGAAACGGACAGGUGACGCACCGCGCCGACGACGCCGCCGCUGCCACCACCGCCGCUGCCGUCGUCGCCGCCGCCACCACCAUCACCACCGCGACCUUGGAGACAGUGGAGAGUUUCGGAAUCGGUUACGGUCAGGGAGCGGGCGAGAGCACAGGCAACUGGAUGAAACCGCCGGGGAAUCUGUUUCUCUACCCCACGUUAGACAUGAAGGAUCUCACGGGAUCCGUGGAGGACAUGAUCGCUCCCUCGACAAAAAAGCUCUGGGGCGUGGACGAGGGCGGCUCCAAGGACGAAGGGGGUGUAAAAGGCGGUGGGACCCUGCUUCACCUGGGCGACCACCCGACCACCAUGUGGCGAGAUUCCACCUGGAGCACGACAUCAGAUCAUGCAGUGUCACAGCCAAUUUCAAUGGGUACGGGCAGACGUGUGGGAGUUGGAACGGGAUAUCACCACCAAGCAUCAGAAGUCGGGACAGUACUUAGUCCUAGAAGCAGCGAAACAGGUGGUUUGGGAGUUAAAAUGGUUGAAUACGUUCUUGGAUCGAGUCCCACUACACCAAAAGAUUUGGAACCGCGAAUGGUUUCUCUGAGAUUGAAUACCGAUGCAGACAAGAAAGAAAAAGAAAAAGGUUCGGCAAGUCCUUUUGAUAGCACAAAGGAUGAUGCUGGGCCACAGGGUAAUGGAUUAGCGUCUCAAAACGGUUUAGACGACGACAAAGGAUUUAACCGCACACCCGGAAGCCGUCAACCAUCACCGGGCGAAGAAGAAUUUCAGAAGAAUGCCGCCGCCACCCUGGCCGUGAGCGCCGGUGGUGGUGGCGUCGUCUUGCUGAAACCCGGGAUCGACGUUGUUGGCAGCGAGGAACAUUUCAUGGCGGCAUUUGCGCCGGCACCACCGCACCAUCUGCAGCAUCACCAAGCGCCGCCGACUCAUCAUCUACAACAUCCGCACUCGCACACGGCAGCGCAACUCUUCGGGGCACAAGCCCCGCCGCCGCCGCAGGGUCCACCACCCUCGCAGCAACAGCAACAACAACAAGGUCCUCCGCAGCCGCAAGACACCUCCACGCACUUCGAAGUCCAAGUAAGUCUUGUUUGAUCUUUCGUUUUUAUU